AUGGUUAACCGCCUAGGCCUCCCAAAGAAACCAGCCAACGUUCCGAUCGUGGAAAUCAACGCCCUACGGUCCCUCGCCCGAGACAAGGUGGUGGUCAGGUUCCAGUCCCGUGUAUCCAAUUUCCACGCAAGCCUCGAGUGUCUGGUUACCCCGAGAGUGACCGGCACGAUCCCUGCAUCGAGAAUAGACAUCACCAAAUGGACGAUCCCUGAAGGGGUAAUCCUAGCUGAUCCCAAGUUCCACAGUCCGGAUAAAGUGGACUUGCUGAUCGGUGGGGAGUUAUUCUUCGAUAUCCUGAAACCUGGUCAGCUGAGCCUAGCCGAAGGUCUUCCACAAUUGCGAGACACUUAUCUGGGGUGGAUCGUAGCAGGUGCCAUCAAUGAUCAGCUCGUGUCAAACGUGUCGCUCCAAUCCAACACAGCCGUUGAAGACAUUGAGCAAAGGAUGCACCGGUUCUGGCAAGUCGAGGAGGUGCCGGGCGUUCCCAAGCUGUCGACCGAGGAAGCAGCAUGCGAAGCCCACUUCCUUUCCACCUACCAACGUGACGAAACUGGAAGAUUCAUCGUGAAACUGCCGUUCAAGGACAAUCUUCCCCAAUUGGAUAACUGUCGCAGUCUAGCUUUGAAAAGAUUCCUGAUGUUGGAGAAGCGAUUAAUCCGCAAUCCCGAACUGCAGGCUCAGUACGUGAACUUCAUCCGGGAGUACGAAGCUCUCGGCCACUGCACCGAGAUCAACGAGUCUGAAGAUCCACCCAACAAGCAAACCUUCUAUUUGCCGCAUCAUGCAGUGUUACGUCCGUCCAGCUCGAGUACGAAAUGUCGACUCGUGUUCGACGCAAGUGCAAAGUUGUCGCCAUCGGAACUCUCCCUGAACGAUGUACUGCAAGUUGGUCCAGUAGUACAGAACGAUCUGCACCAUAUCGCGCUACGGUUCCGAAAAUUCAAGGUUGCCAUCACCGGAGACAUCUCUAAAAUGUACCGUCAUUGA